AUGGCCAAGAGAUUGUUGCCCAACGACGUGGACGUCAACAACGAAGAAUUGAUCAAGAGACAACGCGCGGAAGAGGCCGCUGCAGACCAGAGCAACAUCGAUGCGGAGCUUUUGAAAGAGAAACACGACCCAACCGACGACGACGAGGUCGACUCUCGUCUGCACCAACAGCGUAGUUUGCAGCAACAACAGCAGCAGCAGCAACAACAACAACAACAACAACAACAACAACAACAACAACAACAACAACAACAGCAUGAGCAACAGCAGCAGCAACAACAGCACCACCAGCACUCGGUGGACGAUGAGGACCACGAAAACACGGCAGCGGCCGCGGCCGCGGCCGCUGCUGUUUAUGGUGGGCUCAUGAACGCACAGGACGACGCCAACGGCGAGCUGCAACACCACCACCAACUCGCACAGCACCACCGUCACCACCAGCACGCAGGGCGCACCGACGACGAGGACGACGAGGACGACGAAGUGGACGCUGACGAAGUUCUCAAACACGGUGGCAGCGCCGCUGCUGCCGCAGCGGCCGCGGCCGCAGCUGCUGCGCGUCGGGGUCGCAAGCCAGUGCCCGUGACCGGGUCUGAGGAAUGGCGCCAGCAACGUAAGGACUCGCACAAGGAAGUGGAACGUCGUCGUCGUGAAAACAUCAACACUGCGAUCAACAAGCUCAGCGACUUGCUACCGGUCAAGGAGUCCAGCAAGGCGUCGAUUUUGCUGCGGGCCGCAGAGUAUAUCCAAAAACUACGCGACACGGAAAACGCCAAUAUCGAAAAAUGGACUUUGCAAAAGCUACUAAGCGAGCAACAGGUCAGCACACUGACCAAGGCUAACGAGAGCUUGCAAUUGGAGCUCGGAAAUGCGUUCAAACAGGUGGACAUUUUGAAGCGCCAGCUACGUAGCUCGGGAAUCUCCGUUGACCAAGAGGUGGUCAAGCUGGAGUCUGAGGCCGGCAGAAACAACUGA